GGUAAUGGGAAACGCUUGACACAGACGAAACCCACAUUGCAUCAUGGACACAUGGUACUCAACUCGUGCCCCGCGGGAAAGAGACUAGCCUAUUGCAGCUUUAUUUAUAGAAUACAAAUUUAUGCCAAAAAUAACGGUCACAGUCAAACACAUUCGACCGGAUAGCUCCGCUGUCGCAGGCUUCAGAUGCAGCCGCUGUCUAAAGGCAUGCGCAUCGACGCGGAUAAACGCAGAAGUUUGGGGUGCUGUUUUUCUUUUCGCGCCAACCAGUCAAGGCACCAGCAACAGGCCACCGGUUAUCACGUUUACCCGCGGAGAAGAGUGAAUGAGAUAGGAGAGUGCCUCUGCUUAUGGAUUACAUGACAACUGAUCCAGGGGGAAAACUUAAGCUUUGAAGUUGGAGUUUAUGCGCAGAACGCGCGGAGAUAGUCCUCAUUUUGAUUCACUCUGUCACACGAAAGAUGGAGGAGCGCAGCUGACAGUUAGGGACCGUAGCCUCGAAGAGGAGAAGCACACCAGAGAAACCGAACUGCCAGAGAAGGGAAAUAUGUAUGGGCGUUACACACAGGAACUCGGUGUGUAUGCCAAGGAGGAGGCGGCCCGCCUGCGUGAUGGCGGGGGACUGCGGAGGUCCACCAGUAUUCGCAGCCGGUCGGCAGAGCUGCUAGAGUAUGAGAAAGACCCCUGCGCCAAAUGUCAUGUAUGUACGUCUCGCUGUCAGAAGUUCCUGAUCUCUCGUGUGGGCGAGGACUGGAUCUUUCUCAUCCUCCUGGGUCUGGUCAUGGCCCUGGUCAGCUGGGUGAUGGACUACGCUAUAGCCUUCUGUCAACAAGCUCAGAAAUGGAUGUACGGGGGACUGAACAGUAACAUGCUCCUGCAGUACCUGGCCUGGGUCACCUAUCCAGUGGUGCUCAUCACUUUCUCAGCAGGGUUCACACAGAUACUGGCCCCGCAGGCUGUGGGUUCGGGUAUCCCAGAGAUGAAGACCAUUCUUAGAGGUGUGGUACUUAAGGAGUAUCUCACCUUUAAAACCUUUGUGGCCAAGGUUAUCGGGCUGACCUGUGCUCUGGGCAGUGGCAUGCCCCUGGGAAAGGAGGGCCCGUUCGUUCAUGUGGCCAGUCUGUGUGCAGCUCUCCUGAGUAAAUGCAUAGCUGCCUUGUUUGGUGGGAUUUACAUGCUUAAGGAAGAGCCCUUUCAGGGAAACAAGAAUGAGUUGAGGAACACAGAGAUGCUAUCAGCAGCGUGUGCAGUAGGGGUGGGAUGCUGCUUUGCUGCCCCUAUUGGAGGUGUGCUCUUCAGCAUUGAGGUAACCUCAACGUUCUUUGCGGUGAGGAACUAUUGGAGGGGCUUUUUUGCUGCCACCUUCAGCGCCUUCAUCUUCAGAGUACUGGCUGUGUGGAACCAGGACGAAGAGACCAUCACGGCUCUUUUUAAGACACGUUUCCGUCUGGACUUCCCCUUUGACCUCCAGGAGUUGCCAGCCUUCGCCAUCCUGGGGAUUGCGUGUGGUUUUGGUGGGGCCCUGUUUGUCUACCUGAACAGACUUAUAGUAGAGUGUAUGAGGAAACAGAAGACCAUCAACAAGUUCCUGCUUAGGAACUCCUCUCUCCCUGUCAGACGUCUGGUGUUUCCUGCCAUGGUCACCUUGAUCAUCUCAACCCUUACCUUCCCCCCUGGGUUUGGACAGUUCAUGGCUGGACAGCUGACACAGCAUGAGUCACUGGUGGCGUUGUUGGACAACCGCACGUGGUCUCGCCAGGGUGUUGCCGAGGAGUUUGACUACAUCAGCCACUCCCACGCCUGGAAACACCCCCAGGUCAAUGUCUUCAUCACUCUCAUCUUCUUCAUUGUGAUGAAGUUCUGGAUGUCUGCAGUAGCUACCACCAUGCCUGUACCAUGUGGGGCCUUCAUGCCAGUUUUCCUCAUUGGUGCAGCAUUUGGGCGUCUGGUAGGCGAGACCAUGGCAGUCAUGUUCCCUGAUGGCAUCCAUGCCGAUGGCAGUGUCUAUCCCAUAGUGCCUGGUGGCUAUGCUGUUGUGGGUGCGGCAGCGUUGUCGGGGGCUGUGACUCACACAGUGUCGACGGCGGUCAUCGUGUUUGAGCUGACGGGUCAGAUCAGCCACAUCCUGCCGGUGAUGAUAGCGGUGAUCCUGGCCAACGCCGUAGCCCAGUCCCUCCAGCCCUCGCUAUACGACUCUAUCAUCAGGAUCAAGAAACUACCCUACCUCCCUGAGCUUGGUAUGGGGCACCACGAGAAGUAUAACGUCCGUGUGGAGGACAUCAUGGUUAGAGACGUGCGUUACAUCACUCUCUCCUCCUCCUAUCGAGAUGUACAGGAGGUCCUGCUGACUGGACAGCUCAAAACACUGGCCCUGGUCGAGUCCACGGAUUCUAUGAUCCUGUUGGGUUCUAUAGAGCGCUCUCAGCUCCAGUCACUCCUGUCACUCCAGCUGGGUUCAUCGCGCAGGCUAGACCACCUCCGGAGGCACGCCAAGGACAAUGACACACCUACACUGGACACACACCUGUCCAACCUGGGCAACAUGGACAAUCCCCUAAGCCCACCCUGCACACACACACAUUCCAACAGCACCAAUACCAGCGCACGCCAUGGGGUCCGCUUCGUGGUGAGUGUAGCGGAGAUCUCAACAGAGGAGUCCUCCUUCAGCCAAGCUGUGUCCAUCUCUCAGCUGCCACUCAAGUCGGCUAUGAAAACUGUCCCUACUACUCACAACACAGAGGCAACCAACAGUAUGCACACUCUCUCAAUUAAUAGAGACACGCUGACUCCGUCUCCUCUCUCAGGCUCUCAGCAGACCCUCUCCUGUGGUGACCCUGAAAGAGAGCUACUCGAGAGCCUGGCAGAGCUGGAGGCUCCUGAAAGCAGGGGGCCCAAACGCGUCAGGAUAUCCAUGGCGGUGGAGUCUCCUGAAGUCGAGGAUGACAUGACCACAAACGAAAUAGCGGAGUGGGAGGAGCAACAGUUGGACGAGCCAGUGGAUUUCAACAACUGCAAGAUUGACCCAGCCCCUUUUCAGCUGGUGGAGCAGACGUCUCUGCAUAAGACUCACACCAUAUUCUCUCUGCUGGGGCUGGACCAUGCCUAUGUGACCAGUAUUGGACGAUUGGUGGGAGUCGUCUCCCUCAGGGAGCUUCGUAAGGCCAUAGAAGGCUCAGUGACCGUGACAGGAGUGAAAGUUCGCCCCCCACUGGCCAGUUUCCGUGACAGCGGCAACAACACCACCAGCGUUUCGGAGGUGACAGAGCUACACAAGCUUUGGAACCGCCACAGAGACCUCUCAUUACCACGGGAACCCACCCCGCCUGACAUGGAGGACCAAUUGGACGAUAUGUAUGAGAGUCCUGUCCACUUCACACAGGACCAAUCAGAUUUGGAGUUUGAAACCAGCCCCGCUGGCAAUACGGACCUGCCAUCGGAAUUGGUUCUUCAGGAAAGCCUCUCACUAACAGACGACCAAACAGAAGAGUUUAUCUUAGAGUGCAGCCCUUCCCACACUGACGAAUCAGAGCUGGCCUGUGAUUUUGACCCCCCCCAUCUCCCUGAGACUUAUCAAUCGGAGCAUGGAACCCCGCCCGAGAACAUACAGCAAAUGGACCAAUCAGAACUGCAGUGUGAGCGAAGUCCCACCCGCACUGAGGACCAAUCGGAAUGACAGACAAUUAGAUGAUUCAUGGUUUGUUGAGGUUUCUACAACCUUACAGGUCAUUUUCACCUCAAUCUCCAAGCUGGAUGUCUGUGUCCACGAUGUAUUAGUGGACGUGUUUAACUGUUCUUGUGGAGACCAGAAGUCCCCACAACAAUAGUAAACGAAUGAAAAUAUGACCAACUGGGGACAUUUUGUUAGUCCCCACAAGGUCAAAUGCUAUUUCUAGGGGGUUUAGAAUUGCCCAUCUGGUGCUGACACUACUUUCCCCCAAAUGAGUGAGAGAGAGGGUGAGUGAGAUCAGAAGGAACAACAUGACCAGAUAGAGGGAUAAAACAAAGGAGAGGGAGGGAAGCGAAAGGAGGGUCCCACUUUGGAUUAAAUAGCCUAUACAAUCUAUGUGCUGUAUUUACAUGGUAGCUACAUUCAUAUCUGAGGUGAGGACUUUAAAGUGGGAUGGAAAAGGAUAUUUAAGACGAAAUGAUAAGUAACUACCUUACGGCAGCUGAGAAAAGACCAAUGCAUUGACAUCGCUCAGUCAUAAAAUGCCACCACCACAGGGUGAAGAACAUUUGUGAAGCACAUUGUAAUUAACAUGCAUUUAACUCAAAGUACAUGUAGCCUUGUCUGACGUUAAGGUAGUAGGAAAGAUGUUAGUGUCUUGUAACAGUACAUUUUGUAUCAUUACGUUCCUAGCAAUAGGUAAUGAUUUUUCACACAUCGUUCCUACUGUACUGAGUGUUAAACAUGUCUCUGGAAUGAUUUUAGUGUUAUUGACAGGAAACAGUGAAACUCAGAAUACAUCGAAGUUAAGCCCGCACACACUCACAUAGUAAUACAUAUUUGUUCACCAACAUAAAAACUAAUAUUCCUAAGACAUAGCGCACACACACUAGAACUGAUUUCUACAGUCUGCCUGGCCUCAAAGCCAUUUUAGAAAUAUGUACUACCAACUUAGAAGCACAGCCAUAACUCUCCAAGUCCGCAGAUAAGCAAUAAAAGCCUUGGUUGAAUAAUUAAACUGUGUGUGUGACUGUUCUCCACUGUCUCAUAAAAUGGGUUCAUUCAAGACGGAUGUUAAAUCAUUAAUAACUUCAACAGUUGAGCCAUAAUAUAUUGUAAAACUAUGCUAUCACAACUUUGGUUCAUUUGUCUUUAAGACAAAUCAGUUGUGCAAUAAUUUGUCUUUUGUAUGCAGAUAGAAUGUGAAGUAGUGCUCGCCAUAUAAAAUAUAAUGUAGAGUGUAAUAAGCUAAUUAACAGAGCAUCUAGUUAAGCAAUAAGUCCGACGUUUCUCUCUUUAUAUUGCAUAUGCGUUGUACAUAUGAAAAUAGAUUAUGACAAAUCUACGCACACUCUAGAGCAUAGGAGAAUAUGCCAUUGUUGUUUUUUGUACAUCAGUGAUAGAUUAAAUUUCAACAAAACUUUGAGAUGUAA